UUGAACAACAACCACUGACAACAACCCGGUGUUCUUUCAUGCACAUGAACUCCAUUGGUUCAGUUUGGAUUAAAAUCUGAACAAGAAAAGACAGGAAAGGGAAAGGAGAAAAGUCUGUGGAGCAGAGUUCCCAUUCAUCAUGGGAGUGGCAUGCCUUCUUCAAGUUGACAUAUCUGAGGGAAUGAAUGGACAGCAGACACUUGAUGCAUUGCAAAAGAAAGUUGAAUUGGCAGGGGGAGUGCGUAAUGGCAGUUGGCUUGUCGAAUGCGAAACAUAUUCUUCUUCACAAAAUUUUGAGUCAACAUCAAAGAUCUUUCAUUUGCUCCAUUGCUCUGACUAUCCUAAUGUCAGCUUUGCUGCUCUUGAAAAUGAUACCUGUGUUGUUGCUGAUCAAGGAAUGGAUUCACUAGUAACAAAGCUGAAAGCAUUUUAUGUUCCAAGAAAGUCAGGAAAAACUGAGGCAAAAGGCAUAAACUACGAUUUUGGAGAUUUUAAGAUAAAGCUUGGUAAUAUUUCCCAAGGAAAUAAUUUUAAAGGUAUCAUUAUUGAGUUUGAGUAUUGUGCUUGUUUUGACAUUCAUCAGUCUUGGAACUUGUUGCUGGAAAUGGCAACUUCAUUUGUGGAUGAAAAACAAUGCCAGGUGUUACCAGCCCCAAAAGCCGUAAUUGACUCUAAAUCUAGACAGUACAGUGUUGCAGAUAAAAUGCUGCAAUAUGUUGAACUGUUCAAAUUUGGCAAGAAGACUACAAGUUAGGUCAAUCAGAGGCUGAAAUGGAAUAUAUGCUAUUUGCUGUUAUCAGCAAACUUUACAAGUUCAAAGCAAAGACCCAGGACAAGGAAAUAGAAGCAAUCACAAGCUAUCAUAUACCACACCACAGACAAGUAGUGCAAAGAAAGAUGCUAGAAUUAUCUAUUUAAUGAAAAAAUAAACUAACUUUGUUUGUCAAAUUCCUUAUCAAAGAAUAUUGAUGAAAAGAUAGAAGAGUAAAACAAAGUUUAUGUUACGGAGAAAGAUUUCAACUAGUUAUGCUCCAAUGCACGUUAAUAUCAGAGAUGAGGGGCAUGCCACACCCUCCAAUAUUUGAAAUUCUUUGAGUUAGUUGGAAAAUUUGAGAGUAAUCGAAAUGUCUAAGUCGUAGUUUCAAUGCUUGUUUACAUCAGAGAAUUAUAUUACACGAUGCUAAUGCCUAGAAUUCUCUCAAUUUAAAAGGAAGCGACCUGUAUAAUGCUAAGGUUCUUUAAUGAAAGGUUAAGUACAAUUUUAGUAGAAAGUUACAAUUGGUUUAUUGUCAGUCGGAAAUUUUGUACCCCUCACCCCUCCAAAAAAAUAUCUGUCAAUUUGUGUUCCUGUAUACUCUAUUGCAAAACCCUUUGGUUGGGCACCACAAGACAUUCCCAAUUCAACUUUUGGGAAGAGAAGGAAUCCUUAAGCCAUGUGAAGACCUAUUCUAAACGAAAGUAAGCAGCAAAACAGCAUAAUGUCAAAAAUGUAAAGAAAGAAACACAGUUAUGCAAAUUAAAAUCCAAAAAACGUUUGUAUGAAAUAUUCGAUUUAGGUUUUUAUUUGCUUUGCUUGCGUCUCCUGAUAAAUUAGUGAAGGAAUAAUCGCAAGUAUUGUUGAAACUUUCAGUACCUGUUUAGAGAUAAAAUUUGCAUGUUUUCAAUCAAUUCAAUAAAAUUAUAUUUUUAUCAUACCGGAGCUUGGAAGCCAAACCUUGGGAGCCAAACCUUCAUUUUAUUAUACUGAGGACAUUCUAACUAUUAAAAGCUGUUAAAUACUUGGAAUUCAUGGGAGCAUCAGUUGGAAAACAGAGAACUACUGAGAUUAGCAGUAAAACAUAGCAAAAUCUCGUUUAUCUGAUUGAAAUCUAUAUUCAAC